AUCCUGCGCGUACGGACGUGACUCGGAGGGCAAAGGAAGCCGCUGCCACAAGACAAUUUUCCGCGUUUCGAAAUUGAAACGUGCCCCGAAAGCGUACUUCUAGUCUUUGUUUAUCCCACAGACAAAAGGCGGAAAAAAGUGAAUAUACAAAUAAAGAAAAAGUGCAGAGUAAAGAGCAAACAGUGCGGAUGGCCAUAACAGAGAAAAGGAGAAAGAAUUAAGACAAAGUUUAGCCACUUGGUGUCCUCUUGGGUGUCCUGUGAGUGGAGUGUCCUGGCGUCGGCUGUUCAACGUGGAGUGUGUCGACUUUCAACUGUCGAGUGUCUUUUGUCGAAAUCACUUUUAAAAUUUGUUUGCUCCCGCUCCUGUUGUAUUCAAAUGGAUAUUAGAACUGAACCGAAACAAAGAGCCCCGGUGCCAGUGCCAGUGCCAGAGUCAUAGUCAGAGCGCUGAGGAUUUCUCCAAGGAGGCGUAACAUAAAAAAAAGGGAUUAUUGUGCAUCAUUUUCGUGGACCCAAGCAAAAGAAAGUGGAAAAAAGCGUAUCCUCCAACCGGAUUAUGCGAUAAAUUGUUACUGAAGUGUAAAUGUUUUCUCACGUGUUAAAUCGUUAAAUAUAAGCCUUAUAAGAAAUGUAUGUACAAAGGAGCAACUGUUCUGCCAACAAAAGUUCACCACUCGACACAACAGAAAACACUUAAAUAAAUAUAUAAAUCAAGCAACGGAGAGAACGAAACAAUGAAAAUGCAAGAACAUUUGUGCGGAAAACGCAACGAAGAACUUGUGAAAAAGACAUAAAAGAAAGUUGCAAUUUCUGGCUAAAAUACAAAAUACAAAAUAAAAAUAAAAUCGCAUAGAAUAAGAGUAAAGUGGAGCAGAAACCAAAUGGAGAAAUGGGGCUGGAGCCCAACCCCCCAGUGUAUUAAUUCAAUAAACCUAUUUAUCUGAGACUUCGACUGGUAUUUUGGGGAACGACGGAGACAUAGAGAUUUCGCAGAGAAUGCGACAAAGUUUGCCAGCCAAGACGGCGCAGUGCAAUCAGCCCAGUCUGCUAAGGAGCCGACCGAGGAGUCAGAGAAGUCCAAGGAGCCAGAGCAGCAGGAGCAGCCAUAGCAGCCAUAGCAGCCAGAUUCGAUGCCGCAAACGAGUCCCAAUUGGAGGCAUGCGGACAAUGAGCGCACAAAAGGCGCUGUAAGUGUCAUUGCAGCCAGGAACUGUGCCACUGGGAGUGCCACAGCAACCGCCGCAGCCACUGCCACUGCCACAGCCCCAGUUCGGCGAAGGACAUCCACGUUGACAACUGCAGAGAUGACAGUCAGGGCAGGAGAUGUGGGUGGACCAUCUUCAGGCCAACGUCGCCAAUUUUUACGUAGCACCAGGACCCGGACAGCAUCUUGGCUGGAUCUCCUUCCAGCCCUUCUGGUGCUCGGCUUUGGGAUGCAGCUUGUCACCUGCAGCGAGGCAAAGCCGCAGCCACAGCCUCAGCCAGGGGUACAGGCAGGGGUACAGCCAGGACCAGCAAUGGGGCAGGUACAGCUUGGACGGACACAGCUUAUGGCAGCCCCGAGAUCCACACUGCCAGAUAGGCCAAUGACAACACAAAACGAUCUAAUUACGACAGCCAGCAACUUGACGACAGCAAAAAAACAAACAACAGAAACCGAGGCAGCCUCAACGAGCCUGAGCGAAAGAGAAACAAGCACGGCCGUAGCCCGGGGCAUGUCAUCAGCAGUACCAGCAGGAACCGCAGUAGCAGAAGAAGCAGCAGUGGGUGUGGAAACGAUAGGAGCGACCAAGUCAGCACAAAUUGGGCUAACUACUCGGCCCACAGAAGAGCAAGCACUAGAGCAAAUAGAGAAAGCGGCACAGACAGCGACUGCAGCCGCAGAAACAGAAACAGCAUCAGCAAUGGCAGCAACAGCGGCAGCAGCAGAAGAGCGUACGACAGCGACCACAACAGCAGGAGCGACAGCAGCGAUGCUCAUAUCAACAAUUUAUCCAGCAUCAACGGAAACGGAUGGCCACAACUCCAUUGAAACGCUGCCAGCAGAGAGCCAGAGAAAGGAAUUGGAAAACCGAGCAUUGGACAGAGCACAGCUCGAGCUCCCUGCUGAGGAUGAUGAAAAGAACUCGUUGGUGGCACUGUCGCUGCCGCAUCCGGGUGCGGCUGAUUCAUUGACCAAGGGCUUCUCCAUACCCACCUUCCUGCCGCCAUUUCCCGUUUUUGCGGCAGCGGAUUUGCCAGCUUACCGCGCUGCAGCCGAUGCAGCGGCUGCCGCCGCGGCGGCAAUAGAAGAGGCAACCAAAGCAGCAGCAGACGCAGCCGCUGCAGCAGCAUCCGCGGAAGCAGCGACAUUGUCGCCAGAGGAGCAACGGCGGCGAAUGUUUGAUGAGCAGCACUCGUACCUGGCCGCCCACCGGGCUGCACUGGCCGGGGACGGGCAGGCAGUCCGACGGAAUCUGACAAUGCCGGUGCUAAACAUCACCGCCCAAAUGGGGAAUCACGCCUACAUGCCAUGCCAGAUACAUCGCCUCUCCGACAAGCCCGUCUCGUGGGUGCGCAUGCGCGACAACCACAUUAUCAGUGUGGACGAGACUACCUUCAUAGCGGAUGAGCGAUUCCAGUCGAUCUUCCAGGAAGAUCACGACUACACCUGGUCGCUGCAGAUCAAAUAUGUAGUGCCCGACGAUGCGGGCGGCUACGAGUGUCAAAUGGCCACCGAACCGAAGCUGAGUGCCAAAGUUAAUUUGGAAAUAGUCACACCCAAGACUGAGCUAAUUGGGGAUCAGAGUCGAUUCGUUAAGGCCGGCAGCAAGGUGGCCCUGCACUGCAUCGUUCGGGGGACCCUGGAUCCACCGAAAUACAUCAUCUGGUUCCGGGGCCAGAAGAAGGUGAGCGAGAGCGAUGAGCGGACUGGCUGGUACACGCAGCUCGAUCGCAAUAUCUUCGGGACAGUGGGUGAUAAUCAGAAUACGAUCGGUUCAUUAAUUAUACCGGUCGUGCGUAAAGAGGAUUCCGGCAAUUAUACGUGCCAGCCAUCAAACAGUGUCUCCGUCUCCGUGGACCUGCACGUCCUCAGCGGUGAAUAUUCCGCAUCGGCCAUCAUGUCAACGGCAUCGGCAUCGUGGACGAACACCAGCGGGAGAAGCACGUCCCAGUUGAUGCUGUGGAUGCUGGGACUCCUGGGACUCCUUGGGGCGCUGCAGGGACCGUUGCACACACCCCAGACGUGACUCGCCUAUUGAAUGGACGGGACGCACGGACACGCGGACACACAGUCGAGGAUGCUGACUUGGAUGCUGCGGACAUUGGUGUCCGGCUUCCAAUUAUUUGUAAGCUUUUGCGCCAUCUGCAGUUACGUAAUUUAGGUUAGAGAUUAAUUAAAGGCGGCCUUGUAAAUAGCAGAAAUGGCGAGAGAUGGCAGCAGGAUUCUAUAAUUAGGUUAAAUGUUACCAUAACUCUCAUGUCUGCGUGUCAAAUACUCGCACUCGUACUCCCCAUGCUCCCCAUGCUCCCCAUGCUCCCAUGCUCCCCAUGCUCCCCAUACUCCCCAUACAAUUAAAUCUACUGUACAUUAAUUUUUUAGUCAUAGAUACACGAAAGGAAUUUUCCCCAUUUCAAGUUGUGAAAACGAAUCAAUAAUUAGAUUAUUGUCAGCAAAUGAUUAAAACACUAAAAACUUAACACAGAAAUCAAACAAAAAAUUCAUAAAUAAAAUGCAUUCAAUAAAUCAUGUGAAAAUAAAUUGAAAUCUCUGUUUCUCUCUCUCUCCGAUCAGCAUGGUAAAUCAUUUAUGGAGGCUAUCAAAUCUGAACUAAUUGAAUGCUCCAACUCUGACCCAUCGCAGGACAUCAAAGUGACGAAAAGAAAACAUAAAUGGGCCAAAAACUUAGAG